CUUUGAGAAGCGACCAUACACGGGUCUUUAGAUCCUUGAAGCGCUGCUCAGACGGCCGGAGCGCAGACUGCAGAGGGGGACGGCAGACGUGCGAGCGAGAACGAAAGAGAGAAAGAAAGAGAGAACGAACGCCGAGCAUGGCGUUCACAGACCCCCUUGUCCUCGGGCUAUCUGGCCUGGUCGUCGCCCUGUCAGCGGCGCUCUUCUUCAAGACCGCAGCGCCGGGCACUCGUCCCUCUUCUUUGCCUGCUGGUCAGGCUCAGGCCAGCAGCGCUGCGCAGUCGUUAUCAUCGGGCAAGUCCAAGAAGAAGAAAAGUAAGAAGCCGAGCUCGUCGACUGUCGGGGCCGCAGCGGAAGACAGCGGUCUCGCGAGCAAGCUCAAGGGCACAAGCCUGCCUGGUGGCUUCACUUCCGAUGCAGGAUCAGAUAUAUGCACUGCUGAAGGGGAGACGAGCAUCUCGAAGAAAAAGCAGGGCAAGGGCGGCAAGCAGUCUGCAAACAAGGGAAGCAAGCAAGCAGUUCAAGAACAGCAACGAGAGGCUCAGGCAGCCCGAGAAUCACAGAGCUAUGCGCAGACGGCAGCAGUGAGAGUGCAUAAUGUGCAAAUCACCUCAGCAUCCUCUCAAUCGAACGGCCAUGGCAAUGAUGCAUCAAACCCGCCUUCCCAUGACGAUCCAUCUGCAGUGCAAGAGCACGCGGGAGCAUGGCCGGACGUUGCGGCUUCAUCUAGCGAGAACUCGCAAGUAGAAUAUGCUCCAGUAUCUGCAGCGCCAAAAGAAGCGGAAUGGGAAAGCGUUUCUUCCUACAGCAAGAAGGCCGCACGUCCACCCUCAUCUUCCGGCGGGUCGGUCGCGUCGGUCCAGCUUGGCAACAGCCUUGGUGCCGGCGGCAGCUCUGCACCUGGGAAGUUCGCAUCGAAGAACCCAUUUGCUCUGCUGAAGGAACAGUUGCUUGAUGCGACCUCGAAUUCGACUUUAUCAGGCGGCAACACUGCGAAGGUUCUCAGCAUUCCAGCAACCAGCAGCAGCAGCUCCUCGGCCUCCCGGCCGACUUCUAGCACUUCGAAUUCGCGCGCCGGCGCCGGCGCUGCCUCCAACGCCAGCAGCGGUAGCAGUGCAAUGUCCAAGAAGCAGCGGCAGAACGCGGCGCGGCGCGAGGCGCAGAAAGCGGCCAAGGCGGAUGUGGAAGCAGCGCGCUUGCAGGCGCUCGCUCAGCACAAGCGCCAGCUGGAAGCGGAGCGGAUCAAGGACUUCUUCAGCAAAGGUGCUGGUGUGGGUCGUGGGGGUGCAGGAAGCGCUAGUGGGGGUCAGAAGGCUAGUGUCAAUCAGCAGGGCCAUCUCGUAUGGGAUUGAUUGAAGAUAUUGAGGCAUAUGGCCAACAUGUACCAGGACAUUCAGGCAGUCACGCCCACUGCAACGUAUCCAAUACUCAGUGGGCAAUCUGCUGAUCAUUGCAAGUAUAUUAGUGCAUUGCAUCACUACGACAGCCAAUGCAGUCAUCCAUUCAUUUG